UGUAAACAAGAUGUAAACAAGAUGCUGUGCUAUUAUUUACAGUAGUGAUGGACAGCUGGUGGCAUUUUGAAAACAGGUUUUCAAACACUUGUAGCCCGAUUAGCAGGACAAUACUCUUUAUAGCCAGGCUACUGUAGGUGUGAACAUCCCCCUACAAGCAAAAAUUGACAUUGCGACCGAAGAGAACAGACGAAAUGGACAUCGCUUUCAUUAAGCCAGCUUCUUUCUAUGGUGCUACCUGUUCCAGGGUUAGGACCGUAACCACGAGAGGACUUGAAAAUGAGCAGGAGCUGAGAGGAUCACCAAAACUAAAAGGUAUUUUGGUUUCAGUGCAUUUUCUUUCAAAUAAAAAAGUAUAUAGCCUAUCAAUGUGUAGGCAUACUGUGUAAGAAAAUCGAUAAUUAAAUAAAGGUUAUUUAUUUUUAUUUUUAUUGUCUACUAAAAACGUGAAUGUGUUUUUGCAGAGCAUAUAAACAUGCCGACAACCAUCUGUGGAGAUCAGUGGACAACGGGCUGGACAACGGGCUGGACAACGGGCCGGACAAAGGGCCGGAAAACGGGCCGGACAACGGGCCGGACAAUGGGCCGGACAAAGGGCAGGGCGCCGGGCAAUGGGCCGGACAACGGGCCGGACAAAGGGCCGGGCAACGGGCCGGAUAACGGGCCGGACAAUGGGCCGGACAAAGGGCCGGACAAAGGGCAGGGCGCCGGGCAAUGGGCCGGACAACGGGCCGGACAAAGAGCCGGACAACGGGCCGGACAAAGGGCCGGGCAACGGGCCGGAUAACGGGCCGGACAAAGGGCAGGACAACGGGCCGGGCAACGGGCCGGACAACGGGUCAGACAAAGAGCCGGACAAAGGGCCGGGCAACGGGCCGGAUAACGGGCCGGACAAAGGGCAGGACAACGGGCCGGACAAAGGGCCGGGCAACGGGCCGGACAACGGGUCGGACAAAGAGCCGGACAAAGGGCCGGGCAACGGGCCGGACAAAGGGCCGGACAACGGGCCGGGCAACGGGCCGGACAAAGAGCCGGGCAACGGGCCGGACAACGGGCCGGACAAAGAGCUGGACAACGGGCGGGACAACGGGCCGGAUCCGAAAAGACGCAUGGUUUCCAAGAAAACGGCCACUGUAAUCGAUGGGGGGCUCAGGGCGGUACCAUUCUGCUCAUCUGAUGAAGGUGCACAUGGAUCAGAUUCAAACUUUGAAGACCGAGAUCGAGUCAUUGGAGGCAGAGCAGCAGAACAGAAACAUUAUUGGAGGGCAUAGAUAUGGGCGACAGCUGAUGCAUUGGUCCAGAGCCAGGCGGUAUUGGCGGAGAGUCAGGUGGAGAAUGACGCGUUGAAGAGGGCGAGGAACGAGAUGGAGUCACAAUCCAUGCCAGGCACACCUGUGAGCUCUGGAUCUCCACCUCCGUCAGGCAGAGUCAACAUACCUGGCGGGUUCAUCAGGUCGUCGGUUCACCCUGACAUUUCCAUUCCUCUUCUGACAACAGAACUUGACCAACUGCUCACCAGGCACAGCAAGGGCCGUCCGGACCAUUAUGUUGUUCUGCUAUAGCCCAAUAAACAAAUGCAGGUGGCUUAUAUCUUUAAAAAUAUUUAAAUGCUUUAUUAUCCAAAUGUAAAAGCAUUUACUGUACAGUACUGUAUUUCUUCAUCAGCAUCUUUAUGUUUUUGUUAAUCAAAUAUUAAUCAAAAUACUCUUUCAAAAUGCUGAUGUUUCUUUAGUUAAGGAUCCAUUAAAGAAUUACUAUGAGAAUAAAUAUCACUGAAUUAAAGAAAUAUUGAAACAAAGUUGCCUAAUUGUUGCUUACUGGAAAAUAUUCUUUCAAAGACACACGGUCACAUUGCACAGCACCAUUAUGGCUAUUAGCAGGGCUAUAUUUUGGCCUUUAUGGGCAGCACACAAUUGGCCCAGAGUUUCUCUCCCUCUAAAAACAGAAAUAAAUGUUUUGGCCUUUACAAAUACUAUUUUGGCCUUUAUUCAUAUUACAAUCGCUCACUUUCAUUUUUUUUAAAAUAACCUCCAAAAUAUCAUUAUAUAUUAUCAAGUUGAUGGCACAGUCAUAUAGCCCGGGCACCUAUAUAAAGCCGAGUGACUCACUCAUUCAUGGCUUUGGAUCAAACUAAAUAAGUACCAAUAUUCUUUCUGAUAGUCUUAAUAAGCAAAUGUUUGGGUUAUCCUGACCUGGACACCAUGUACAGUAUUAUGGGCUAUUAGCAGGACAAUAUACCUUUACCAACACCGCUCUGUAUUUUGAUACUUUGUGGAUGGGGGCUCUGGAGUGGAUGGGGGCUCCCGCAGUGCAAAAUGCGUUGCUACAGAUGCAGGUUUGAUACCCGUGCCGGCCGCCACUGGGAUUGAUACCCGUGCCGGCCGCCCCAUCCACAAAGUCCUCCAAUCCUCUAUAUGUAAUUAUUGGCAGAGAGUCACGUCAUCUUUUUUGAUGUACUGUAGGCCUACCGUAGGCGACAUGAGUCUCACUAGUGUUGAGUAAUGUGCUGUUAAAGGUGGUGUAGGUCUUAUUUAUUUAAAGAGCAUAUUGAAGUUAGAAGCAAUAGCCUACAACUAUUUUAGCACCGUUUUGCGCUGCUCUGAGACAAGCAUGGGGACUGGUCUUGAUUAAUCAAUGAGAUUUUUAUAUUCACUGAAUGUCCGUUUGGAUAUUGGUUAGACUACAAUCAUACAAUUAUGGUGUAGAAAUGUUAUGCUCUUGUAACCUUUAUUUAACUAGGCAAGCCAGUUAAGAACAAACUCUUAUUUACAAGGACAGUCUACUCCUCCCUCCUCAUCGGGGAAUUGAACCCCGGUCUCCCGCAUGCCCUCACGACACGGGAUUCUUUAGCUAAACAGCCCAGUACUGUAGCCUACUCCCGACCGUCACGUUGUACAGCGCCAUAUUUUCCAUUCCAUCCUAAUGGAAUAGAAAUACCAUAAUAUGAAUCAAAUUAAUUCAGCAACAUUUCUUAAAAUCUGUCCCAUAUACUAUGUUCUUACAAAACAAUGUUUUAAAUUCUCUAGUACAGCCUCUAUUGAAGGCUAUCAAAUCUCAAAGAUGCCCUCUGGUGGUCAAACUAGCACUAACUAGCAUUAAAGGUACCAGUGGUUGGCACUUAAAUAACGUGCCAUUGAAUUCUGCGGCACCACGCAAGCUGUGCCGCAGUACGCUGCAACGUUAGUAGGAGGAAUCACUGUAGCAAGCUGUCAUGGUCAAGACAUACAGACUCAGUGGUUGCUAAAAUGGGAAGAGGUCUGUUCAUGAUAAGGCGUUGCGAGGCCUUGACAUCUAAGUCAACCAGGGAGGUCCUACAGGCCCUAGUUUUGUUGCACCUGGACUACUGCCCAGUUGUGGGGUCAUUUGCAGCAAAGAAGGACAUAGGAAAAUUCCAGUUGGUUCAGAACAGAGCAGCAUGUAUUGUACUUAAAUAUAUAUAGAGGGAAAUGCCAAGAGUUUACAAAGCUGUCAUCAAGACAUGGAGUGGCUACUUUGAAGAAUCUCAAAUAUAACAUAUAUUUUGAUUUGUUUAACACUUUUUUGGUUACUACAUGAUUCCGUAUGCGUUAUUUCAUAGUUUUGAUGUCUUCACUAUUUUUCUACAAUGUAGAAAAUAGUACAAAUAUAGAAAAACCCUUGAAUGAGUAGGUGUGUCCAAACUUUUGACCGGUAGUGUGUAUUAUGUAUUGUAUGUAUUCUAUUUGUUCUUUUGUUUCAUUUUUGGACCACAGGAAGACUAGCUGCUGCCUUGGCUGCUGCUAAUUGGGGACCCUAAUAAAAUACUAAAAUGAACACCUCUAGUUUAAAACAUGGAGUUUUAUAUUCCUUCUUUCACUCUUUACCAAUUACUGAACUGCAUAAACUUGAAUUGUUGUUGGCUGUCUUUCCUAUAGGUUCUGUGUCUCACUAAUGGGUCUAGAGGAAAUAAUAUAUUCCUCAAAUCACUCAUUAAAAUAUAGUGGAAUCUUAGUUUUUAAAGCUGUCUCAAUCAUAAUCUUCAUCUACUUUGUGUUAGUCUACCUAUAACACCUGUCUCCUAAAACAAACAGAGUUGACCCAGUCAUUUUAUAUAUAGGCAGUGAUUAAGUACAUUUAACUGUACAAUCAGUGGAAUUAAUAAUACACCAGAGGAGGAUGGAGAGCAGCACGGAAAAUAUAUGUAAUCUAGUGUAAACCACACACACAGACACACAGACACACAGACAGAGCAUGUCCUGUGAAGCCAUUAAGUCACUUUGCAUGCAACAGAGAGCUCACAUGUACACAUCGGUGAUUCCCCCAAAUCUGUGGUGGUGUGUGAAAGGUCCAAACAUCAGGACCGGCUCAUGGUUUGUUUGCAUUUCUCCAUAAUGAGGUACGGUGACAGAUUGACCUAUUCAGGGAGGUAAAAGCACAACCAACUGAAGAGCAGACAGGCUACUUUAAAUGGAUUGGAAGAUGGUUCAUUCAUUCUUACAUAACAGAGUAGAAUGGAGUAGCCGUCACUCUAAAUAUAACCCACUGGGCAAACACUGGUUGAAUCAAGGUUGUUUCCAAGUCGUUUCAAUGAAAUGACGUUGAACCAACGUGGAAUAGACGUUGAAUUGACGUCUGUACCCGCUGGGAAGAUUGUUAUCAUUAGUGUAGUCCUAUUUCCCAGGCUAUAGUCCACACCUGGGUUCAAACACUAUUUAAUCUAUUUCAAAUACUUUAGCUGUGCCUGAAUUGGCUUGCUUCUCACAAUGGAACCAAUAGACAAGUUCCAAAAGUUGAAAACCCCACACAUCUGACACUCCAGGCCAGGUUGGAUCAAACGCUCUAUGUGUUUGAAAGAUUUGGAAUAGUUUUUGAACCCCGGUGUGGUUCCGUCAUGUCUGUGUUUAUUCCAGGAGCCACAUGGUGUUAUUGAUCCUCAAAACAGACAGAGGAACAGGAAGGGCAACAGAUUUUAUCUCACUAUUUACAAAACAGGGUGAACAACGAAUGCACCUGUUUCUGCCCUUAACCUUCAGGCUGACUUUUUUUGACUGUAUCUUCUACUCUUUUUUCCUCCUGUUGUGUCCAGUGUGUGUGUGUGGCCUGACUGAUAUUAAAGUGUGUUGUAGAUCUUGUAUUAGUUCCAUCUCAGACCUUUGAUCGUAUAGAAAGAAAAACAACACCAGCAAGAUGAUGCAACCAAGAUGUUAUUCUUUAGCAAUCGUUGAGAAUGGGGGACAGGAAGUGAGACACAUGCUAUUUCCUGUUUCUAUCCUAUUCACCACAGUACACCGAACCCUUUCUCCGUUUGUCAUAACUUCCCAAAAUAAAAUAUGACUUAUUUCUUUGAUUUGUUCUUUUUUUUAAGGCCUCUCAUAUUAUUUUUAAUAGAAAUAAUCAAAAACAAAUGCAGGCCAUAAUUUUAUAGUAUGAAAUGACUGCAUACUAAUAUUUAAUGAUUUCUUUUGCAGACAAUGUUUCUCUGUUUCCAUCCGAUUUCUUGAGAGGUCCUGGUCAAUACAGGUAGCCAAGAGUGGCAGAGAGAACACAGGUUAAACACCAAGCCGUUGUGUCUACAGUAGGUAUCCGGGCUAGUCUUCUCACACUGUGUGUGUGUGUGUUGUGUUUG